UGAAAUGCGUCAGGUACCUGACAACCAGGAAGUCUUCGUUCACCCCAACACAGAUCAGAGCAUCAUUGUGGAACUGCUGGAAUACCAAGCAGGGGUGGCGGAUGAAAAUGCCGCCAGGUUUCAUUUUGAAGACAUUGCGGGCAAUUCUGCCAAUUCGGAGAUUUUGAGCCAAACCCAGUUUGCGCCCGCUCUUCUGGCAUUCGAAGGCUGCAGCAGCUCCUGGCAACUGGCGGGCCGCCAGCAGGUCGCUAAAUUCAACGAGGAGGCCAAAAACGAUGUCUCUGUGCAUUUGGUGCUGCUUCGCCUCCCUCAGUACGGAACGGAUCUGCUUGUCACCUUCAAUGACCCCACCUGGAUUAACCCUCUGAGUACCAGUGCUGCGCAAAGCACAGAGGUCCCCUUGGCCCUCUCUCGACCUCCUUGGACAGUGGAGCAUUUCCACGCUUUCGUGUGUAGCCUGCGGCUCCUGGAUCCUGGCCUGUUCGGUUAAGACGCUUCUCUGUCUACAUUUGCCAAAAAUCCAGCUUUGCUCCAUCCCGGCCGUGAUCACAGGGCCGUUCGGUUCAGAGGCUUUCUAGAUGAGAACGCCGGUUCCGGUAUCUGGAUCGUCUUCCUUCAUCCCUCGACGGAAAAGAGGACGUGGACGCUGAAUGCCCAAGGACGUUCUCCUUGUAAAAAGCAAACUCAGGCCAACUUGCUUUGCUUUAGGAUUGCGUUAGACCAGUG